AUGACCAAUGAUCGGCACGUGCUUACGAUACAGAAAAGGGAAUUUGCCAACGAAAUUUCCUGGUUAGCUUUGCGCCGAAGUCCUUAUCGACAUGUGUCGCCGUGGUGUCUCUCGGUACCAAAAGCAUGGACAUGCUUUUUUGAAUCACUUUCAGAUGCAAAGCCAGGGAUGUAUUACCAUCUCAUGCAUACCGGUAUCCCUAAACUUCAUUGGAACCUUGAUGGACCAGACUCGCGACACCUUAACCUGCGAUCUAAGAUGGAUGCCGCGAACCAUGGCGGGAAAACGACCAUUGCAGAGAAGCCGGCCGCAGGGAGUAGCCUCGCGAAAUUCCCCAUCAGCGAGCUGUACAUCGUAGAGCGUUACCUUGAGGCGGUUCAGAGACAGCCCGUCGUCGCCAGUAGCAGCUUCCUGGACCGGCAACACCAUGCUGGAGCUCCUGGCGCGCACGACGGCUCAGACCAGACGAAUUUGGAAGUCAUGCUCAGCUUCCAGAGCGACCCCAUCCCGACCUCGCUCACGCGGCUCCCCACGGCCCUGCAGAAGAGAGCUGUGGGAAUGUUCCAGGAGAUUCUACACUACAUGGGGCUCAAGGGCGCGCCUGUCACCGACGAGCGUGAGCUGGCGCAGACAGUGGUUCGCAUCCUCAAGGUGGUCCUUGGGAAGCCAGAGAUGCGGGACGAGCUGUACGCGCAGCUGCACAAGCAAACGCGGAAUAACCACGACAGGGACGCGUGCUUGAGGGCGUGGGAGCUGAUGCACCUCAUCUGCAAAAUAGCUGCCGUCAGAGCUGGCGACAGAGCGCCGGCGUCAGAGCUGCUGGUGGGAAGGGAGGCAACGGGUGGUGGCAAGGAGCGAUGGUGCGGGGGUGGUUGGGCAGGUGGCGGGGAGCGACGAAGGGCGCAGCAACGGCUCCUGUCGUGGCUUCUUCCCCGUGGCUCACGCUGCUACGAGCAGCCGACAUCUACGUGGGUGGUCGUCGGAUUGCAAGAUCGCUAUCGUUCGAUGCUGUGCGCGUCAGUGGCACCGCCGGGGGAGCAUCUCGGGACGCCUAUGACCGAGUACGUGGAGGAGGUCGCGAACGAUGCAGCGGUAGACGAGGAGGUGAAGUCGCAGGCGAUUGCCACGUGGCAUGCGCUCAACAAGGCGAUGGAGGUUGGGACGAGGGAGACCGUUCCGACCGUUGAUGAGCUGCUCGCGCUGACGAUGGGGAGAGAGCUGAUGAAGGUCAAGACAAAGGUGUUUUUUGUGGACGAUACAUUCGAGGAGGUGGAGUACGACGCAUCCACAACCAUUGCAGAGAUCUUCAAGAGCAUUGUGAGCAGCAUUCGGUUAGGGGAGUUUCAGGUGUUCGGCUUGUUCGAGCACCGGAAAUACACCCCUCUAGCCAACGACAAUCCCGACAACAUAGCCAACGACUACAUGAGCAUUGAGGAGAACUCUUAUAUGGGGGACGUUGUGGCUGAGAUGAGGAGCUUCGGCGAGAAGAGAGAGCGACAAGUGGAGCUGCGCCUGAUGUUCCGCAAGAAGAUCUUCCGGGACAACGAGAAGACAAUUACUGAUCCACUUUUCAUCCGCCUCUCGUAUAUCCAAGCAAUGCAAGACUACGGAGAGGGCAACUACCCCAUGCCCCCGGAUGACAUGGCGCAGCUCACGGCGCUUCAGCUCAUUGUCGACCUUGGCGUGCUGCCUGAGCCUGAAGCGACACCGGACUGGCAAGCGCAGGUGGAGAAACGGAUCCCUGCGCAGCUCCAGUCUCUGAGGGAGAAGCCAGAGUGGGCAAUGGAUGUUCUCACUCGCUACAAGGAGCUGAUCCAGUCACAAUCAACACCUCAAGACGCGAUGCAGCAAGCGUUGGGAAUUAUUCGAGCCCUCCCAUAUGGCGGGUCAGUUUUUUACCACGCGAGGCGCGUUCAGGACCCCAUCGGAUUGCUGCCGGAGCGAGUGAUCAUCGGCGUCAAUAAGCGCGGGGUGCACUUUCUGCGACCAGUCCCGAGAGAGUACAUCCAUUCAGCGGAGCUGUACGACAUCAUAGAGUAUUGCGGCAGCCCCGCCACGCUGUCCUUGGAGUUCAUUGUGGCGGACUCACAGCGCGAGGCGGACUCACAGCGCGAGGCGGACUCACAGCGCGAGGCGGACUCACAACACACCUUCGAGUUUGAGACCACGGAGGGCGUGGAGAUUUUCUACGCCAUCGCGACUCACAUCGAUGAUGCCGUCGCUCGCCGUUCCGCUAGGCAGAAGGAGAAGCAGCAGAAGGCAGAGGAGAAUGUGCGCCGGAUCGAUGUGCUGAUGAAGGCAGUGAGAAGGAUGGCCGGGGAUAUUCAGCAGCUGAAGAAGGACCGGGAGAUGCUGAAGGGGGUGGCCAGGCGAGCGAUGGAGAAGGCGCAGGCAGCUGUGCGGGUCAAGGAAGCCUUGGAGCAGCGACUGGAGAUCCUGGAGCUCUCAAAUGGCAACAAGGUGUUGGAGCAGCGCUCGUCAGCAGAGCACGAUACGCUGGAAACCAGGCUGAGGAAGGAGGUGAAGGCGAAGGAGGCGCUGGCGAAGCAACUGCAGGCGGUUUCUAAGGAGCAGGAGGAGCUGAGGGGGAUGAAGGCGCUGAAGAAGGAACGGGAGGAGCUGAAGAAGGAAAACGAGGAGCUAAAGACGAUGGCCAGGCGAGCAGAGGAGAAGGCAGAGGCAGCUGUAAGGGACAAGCAAUUCCUGGAGCAGCAGUUGGCGAAUCUGGAGGCUAAGAAGGCCAACGAGGAGGGGGACUCGCUGUGCUGCACGCCUCAGUCGAGUCACGCAGAGGAGCAUGUGGUCGCGCCCUCCCUCACCACCUCAUGCACACCGCUCCCUGCACCCACACCGCUCCCUGCACUCACACCGAUGCCUGGUGUUGCGGAGGGGAAAAGGGUUCUUGCCGUGCCCACAGCACCGCCUGCUCCAAGGAAGACGCGCCUUGAGAGGGUGGAGCGGGUUCUGCAUAUGGUGGAGGACGACUUGCAGAGCAGGGAUGCGAUGCUACAAGAAGUGACGGCAGAUAGGGACCGUCUACAGCGGGAGGUGGAGAGACUCAAUGGCGUGGUGGAGCAACAAAAAAGUGCGGCGGAGCAACUCGAUGGCAUGGUGCAGCAACUCAUUGGCGUGACGGAGAGGGAGAGGGAGAAGAGAAGGGCCGCCGAGGCAAAGCUACAGGCCCGCGGACGGUAG